AAUUAUGCUGGCCAGCCGAUAAUGGAGUUCUACUAUCACAUUCUACUCGCUCUUGUCCCUCUCCUGUACCUCAUAGGAUGGUUCCGCCGUCCUCGUGGCCUGCGGCUCCCGCCGGGUCCAUGGCAACUCCCCGUCAUCGGUAGCCUCCACCACCUCCGCGGCAACCUCCCACACCGCACGAUACGCGACCUCUCACGCCGCCAUGGGCCUGUGAUGUUCCUCAAGCUGGGAGGGAUCCCGGUUGUCGUCGCCUCUUCCCGCGAAGCUGCCGAGGAUGUGAUGAGGACCAACGACGCCGUGCUUUCGUCCAGGCCGCAGACGCCGACGGUGAAGCUCCUCACCAAGCAAGGGCACGACAUCGUGCUAGCCAAAAACGAUGAACAGUGGCGGCAGCUCCGCAAGAUCUGCGUGCACGAGCUUCUGGGCACCAGGCGCGUCCAGUCCUUCCGUCCUGUCCGUGAGCAGGAGGCCAUGCGGCUCGUCCAGGCGGUGGCAGCCUCGUCGGUGUCCUCAGACUCGGACGGUGUGAACCUCGACAGGCUGCUGUCCGCGCAUGUCAACGACGUGAUUGUGCGCGCCGUCGUGGGUGACGGCGAGGUCGAUGACCGGGAAACCUUGCUGCGACUCACCGCCAAGGCCAUAGAGUUGGUCGGGAGCUUCCGCCUGGCUGACAUGUUUCCGUCGUCGCGGAUAGCACGAGCCCUCAGCUCACGGGCUAUGCAUAAGGUCGAGGUGUAUGUGGAGGAGCUAUUUACAUUCAUGGAUGGUAUCAUAAGUCAACACGUGGAGAGAAGAAGGUCGAUGCCCCAUCAGCAUCAGGAUCCGGAGGACCUCAUAGAUGUCCUCUUGAGGGUUCAAGACGAAAACAGCCUUCGGUUCCCUAUUUCCAUGGGUACAAUAAAGGGCGUUCUUUUCGAUCUUUUAUCCGCAGGGAGUGAAACGGCAACGUCGGUGCUUUCCUGGGCCAUGGCAGAGCUGAUGAGGAACCCGGCCAUCAUGUCCAGGGCACAAUCUGAGGUAAGAGAGGCCUUCGUGGGACAAACGAAAGUAACUGAGGAGGGCCUGGGAAAACUGAGCUAUUUGCAGUGUGUGAUCAAAGAGACGUUGAGGCUGCACACUCCUGGACCAUUUGGGCUGCCAAGGGAGAGCCAAGAAGCAUGCCGUGUCAUGGGAUAUGAUGUGCCUAAGGGGACAAUGGUGCUUGUGAAUUUAUGGGCAAUAUCCAGGGACCCAGAGUACUGGGACGAGCCAGAAAUGUUCAAACCAGAGAGGUUUGUGACCGACAUGAGAGAUUUCAAAGGGCGUGACUAUGAGUUCACGCCGUUUGGUGCUGGACGACGAAUCUGCCCUGGAAUGCUGUUUGGCGUUGCAAGUAUCGAUCUAGCUCUAGCACAUCUCCUCUUCUAUUUUGACUGGAAUCUCAUGGAGGGCAAGACACCUAGUGAAUUGGAUAUGAACGAAACUAUGGGAAUCACCGCAGGGAGGAAAGAGGAACUUUGGCUAAAACCAACGCUACAUGCUUCUUUUGAUUCAGUGAACUAG